UAAAUUCAAACCCAUUUUUUUUAUUUCCCACUUUUGGGUACCAUAGUCAACAAGAAACCCUUACCUCCAUCUUUCUAUUAUAAACUAUGCAACGUUAGGUCGACUCUCGAUAUUUUAAUCAUUCGAUAUUUUGAUCGUUCGAUCAUUUGUAAAUUCGAUAUUCUGAACGUUAGAUAUUUUGGUCGUUCGAUGAAACGUGUUCGAUAUUUUGAUUUUCGAUCAUUUGUAAUUGUAAUUCGAUAUGGUGUAGGUAACCCGCAAAAAUGGAUCAUAAAAAAAUUAAAACGUCAACUGUCAUUACUGUCAAAGUUACUAAUAUAACCUCAAUUUGUUUUUUGUUUACUUUUUGCCAUUUAUUGUAUUUGCUGACGUACACUCGUUUCAAUAUUGUAGGUCAAUGGAGAUAGUACAGUGCACGAUAGAAUAGGAAAAUAACUAAACUAAUUAUUUAUUUAUUCCUUAGUUUAAUAUAAAAAAAAUGAAUGAACUACAGUUUCUUGGAAGUGACCCCGGAGCAGUAAAACAUGGUAACUUCAUAAAUUACUACUCAUUUCACAGCCCAGCACAGAGGAUAACAAACUUACAUGACAAUAUGUUUCCUGCCACAACUACCAAAGAACCAAUACUAUGCCUGGAUAUUGGUUGUAACACCGGAGAACUAACAAAGGAAUUGCAAGCUUAUAUUAAAAAAAUCUACACAGAAUCAGAUAUUUACUUUUUAGCUGUAGAUAUUGACCAAACCUUAAUUCAAAGAGCUAAGGAAACAAACCCUUGCCCUUACACUACAUAUGAAACCUUAAAUGUUAUGGAUGAAGCAGACCGUCAAGUAGUCAAGAAGUACCUAGAAGAUCAUGGGAAGCAAACAUUUGACAUAACAUUUUGUUUUUCUGUAACAAUGUGGAUUCAUCUAAACAAUGGUGAUGAAGGGCUAGAACAGUUUCUACAAUAUAUCAAAAGCAUUUCAACAACAAUAAUAAUUGAGCCACAACCAUGGAACUGCUAUAGAAAUGCUCAGAAAAGAAUCAAGAAGUCUGGAAGCACAUUUCCACUGUAUGAAACUUUAAAAAUAAGAAGCAAUGUUGAUUUAGAAAUUGAAAAUGUUAUGAUACAAAAUGGGCAUAAAAAAGUAUAUGAAUCUGGUAGCUCUUCUUGGAAUAGAAAAAUACAAAGUUAUACAAAAUAAUUUAUUUUAUUACUAUGUUUUCAUAUAAACUAUCUGUAAUAAAACUGAAAGGUGAUAAUGAUAAUUAUAAGGAUUUACAAAUUGUUUCUUACAA